AGAGAGAGAGGGAGGGAGGGAGGGAGAGAGAGAGAGACACAUUUUAACUUGAAAAGGUUUGGAUCUAAUAGUAUAGGCUCGUGCGAUUCUCUCUCUAACCUUAGAUCCGAAAGGAUGUCUGCUCGCCAUGAGAAAGAGAAAGGCGUUAAUGUCCAGGUCCUUCUUCGUUGCAGGCCGUUCAGCGACGAGGAGUUAAGAAACAAUGCGCCUCAGGUUGUUACUUGCAAUGAUUACCAAAGAGAGGUUGCAGUUUCGCAGAGUAUUGCUGGGAAGCAUAUAGAUAGGGUUUUUACUUUCGACAAGGUGUUUGGCCCUUCUGCUCAGCAGAAAGAUCUUUAUGAACAAGCUGUGGUGCCAAUUGUGAAUGAAGUUCUAGAAGGUUUCAAUUGUACCAUUUUUGCAUAUGGUCAAACUGGUACAGGUAAAACAUACACAAUGGAAGGGGAAUGCAAAAGAUCAAAGAGUGGGCCUAAUGGAGAAUUGCCUCCAGAAGCAGGGGUCAUACCCAGAGCUGUUAAGCAAAUUUUUGAUACACUUGAAAGCCAGAACGCGGAGUAUAGUGUGAAGGUUACUUUCUUAGAAUUGUACAAUGAGGAGAUCACUGAUUUGCUUGCCCCAGAUGAAAUUUCUAAGGCUGUUUUGGAGGAGAAGCAAAAGAAGCAGCUGCCCCUAAUGGAGGAUGGGAAAGGUGGAGUUCUUGUUAGAGGUCUAGAGGAGGAAAUUGUAACAAGUGCCAGUGAGAUAUUUACUCUUCUUGAAAGGGGUUCAGCGAAACGUCGUACUGCUGAAACUUUGUUAAACAAGCAGUCAAGUCGGUCGCAUUCUCUUUUUUCCAUUACAAUACAUAUCAAGGAAGCAACUCCUGAAGGUGAAGAACUAAUCAAAUGUGGCAAGUUGAAUUUGGUUGAUUUAGCUGGUUCAGAAAAUAUCUCUCGUUCUGGUGCUCGGGAGGGCCGUGCAAGAGAAGCUGGUGAAAUCAACAAAAGUUUACUGACUUUGGGCCGUGUCAUUAAUGCUCUAGUUGAGCAUCUUGGGCAUAUCCCAUACAGGGAUAGCAAGCUCACUAGGUUACUUCGUGAUUCACUUGGAGGAAGAACGAAAACAUGCAUUAUCGCAACAGUUUCACCGGCUGUUCAUUGUUUAGAGGAGACCUUGAGUACACUGGAUUAUGCCCACAGGGCCAAGAAUAUAAAGAAUAAGCCUGAGGUUAAUCAAAAAAUGAUGAAAUCAACACUUAUCAAGGACCUUUAUGGAGAGAUUGACAGGCUUAAGGCAGAGGUGUAUGCUGCACGGGAAAAAAAUGGGGUUUACAUCCCAAAGGAGCGAUACUAUCAGGAGGAGAGUGAAAGAAAGGCGAUGGCAGAUCAGAUAGAGCAAAUGGGAGUCACGAUUGAAACCCAUCUGAAGCAACUUGAGGAGUUGCAAGAAAAAUAUAAUGCGCAGGUUCAACAAUGUUGUGAUUUGAGCAGAAAACUUGAUGUCACUGAGAAAAACUUGAAUCAAACCAGCAAGUUGCUCACCCAUACUGAGGAAGAAUUGAAGAAGUGUCAUUAUGCUUUGAAGGAGAGGGAUUUUAUCAUAUCCGAGCAUAAAAAAGCAGAGAAUGCUCUGGCUCAUCAAGCAUGUGUUUUACAAUCUGAUCUGGAAAAAGCUCUUCAAGAUAAUGCUUCUUUGUUCCAAAAAAUUGGAAGAGAAGAUAAGCUGAAUGCUGAUAAUAGAGCAGUCGUGAGCAAUUUCCAAGUUGAGCUCUCCCAGCAAAUUGGUUCUCUUCAGAAAAUGGUGGCUUCAUCGAUGUUGAAGCAAGACGAACAUCUAAAGUGUGUUCAGAAACUUUGUCAUUCUUUCCUUAACACACAUGAUAAGGCGGUCAAGGAUUUGAAGAAGAAAUUAAAAACUUCAAAAGCGUUGUAUGUUUCCCACAUGGAAGCAGUGCAAAAUGUUGUGCGGUUGCACAAAGCUACCUCUAUUGCUGGCUUAGAGGAAAUUUCAUCUUCAAUUUCUUCUAAUGCACAAUCUAUUGAAGAAUAUCUCGCAUCAGAGUCUGGUCAGGCUGCAUCAAUAUUUGAUGAUCUUUGGAGUACUCUUUCAACCCAUGGGAAUGAAAUUGCUUUUUUUGCUGGUGAACUGCGGCAGAAAUUCCAAGUUAGCAGCGAGCAAAGAAAAGAGGUAUCUGACUACAUGAAUGGAUUUCUACACAAGCUUUUGGAACAAUCUCAAGGGCUUCAGAAUUGUGCAGCACAAGCUAAUGAGAUUCAACUGAAGAGCCUAAAUGAUUUUCAGAAGGCUUAUGAAGAGCAGUCAAAAUCUGAUGCUGAGAAGCUUGUUGCUGAUAUAAGCAAUCUGGUUUCCAACCACAUUCUGCGUCAAAAAGAGCUGGUGGAUGCAAGGUUUAAUGAUCUAAGAGAAGCUUCAAUUGGAAACAAGGGGAUUUUGGAUGAACAUAUCUCCUCAAUUGAGGGUAUUACAAGAGAUGCAAAACGAAAAUGGGAGGAAUCUUCUGUUCAAGCAGAGAGAGAUGCUAAUGAUUCUGCAGAUUUCUUUGCCGCCAAACAUUGUCGUAUGGAGCAGCUCUUGGACCAAUGUGUAAGCACUGCUGAAUCAGCUUUCAAGCACUGGAAAAUUACUCAUGAGUCUGUGAAUGAUAUAGGCCGUAAGCAUGUUUCAUCUUCGCUGUCACUUAUCAGAAAUGCUUCUGAUAGUAUAGAGCAGCAUGAUGUUGAGAUUGGUUCUACAAGGAUUGCAGCUGAGCAAGACGUGGCAAGGAAUAGUGAUGAUUUCCUUCAGCAUAUUGACAAUGUUUCAGAACAAGAGCGCGGAUCUGUAUCUGGAAUCUUGGAUGCUGUCAAAGCUCAUGCAGAUACACUUGAGAGUUUCAGGGAGGAUCAUUCUAGCCAAGCUACAGCCAUCGAGGGCAAAUCACAGGAAACCUUCCAGCAGAAUUAUUCGGAUUAUGAGUCAACAGGCACAACACCGAUGAGAUGUGAGCUAGACAUUCCAAGUAAGGGGACAAUAGAGUCGCUUCGAGCAAUGCCAAUGGAAGCACUUCUUGAGGAAUUCCGUGAAAAUAAUUCUUAUGAAUCAUUUGAGGUAAAGGAAUUGAAACCAUCCUUAAUACCUCGGUCGCCCCUUGUACAACUGAACUAGAAAUUGGAUGGCCAUGUUUCAUCCACUUAAAAUUUGUAUCUGUACCAAUGGUGUAGAUUGUUUUUAUUUCCUUCUGGAAAAUGUUAGGAUGCAAGGGAAGGGUGAUAGGUUUGUAUUGUAAUGGCUAUAAACAUUCUUGAUAAAUUAAUCCCAUCUUGGGAUUUACUGAUAUUUUAGAAGCUCAGUGGGAGGAUGUAAAGUGAGGCAGAGCUCCACACUUGGUUAUUGUAAGUUUUAUUUUUGGAAUACUGGAUAUGUUAAAAUCAAAUUUCUUAGCUUUUUGUAGUGGCAUAAACAUUCUUGAUUA